UACACGUUUUUCAUGUCUUCAUUAUUUUGUUAGGUUUGAAACGAACAAUCUUGAGCAUAUACUAUUGAUAUUUAGAGAAGCUAACAGAAAUUCUCUUGAAUUUGUGGUUUCAUUCUGCAACAUCAACAGAUCUCUUCUAAGUAUACACAAAGUGUCUCAUGGCUAACACCAGUGGGAAGAAGCUUAUCAAGAUUGAUGUCAGUUCAGAUACCGUGUGUCCAUGGUGUUUUGUAGGAAAGAAGAAUUUAGAUAAAGCUAUCGAAUCAUCGAAGGAUCAGUUUGACUUCGAGGUCAGAUGGCAUCCGUAUAUGCUUAAUCCUUCUGCGCCAAAAGAAGGUGUUCUUAAGAGGGAUUUCUACAGGGAAAAGUUUGGACCUCGGGUUCAACAAAUUGAAGGUCGAAUGACCGAGGUGUUCCGUGGAAUUGGGUUCAACUAUGAUAUGUCCGGUCUCACGGGAAAUACACUGGAUAGCCACAGGCUCAUAACUUUUGCCGGGCACCAGGGACUUGACAAGCAACAUGCUCUUGUGGAGGAACUGGGCAUUGGCUAUUUCACACAGGGAAGAUAUAUAGGAGACAGAGACUUUCUUGUUGAAGCUGCUAGCAAGGUUGGGGUUGAGGGGGCUGCAGAAUUCCUUGAAAAUCCAAACAAUGGGCUCAAUGAGGUUCAUGAGGAGCUACAGAAGUACUCAGCACAGAUUUCCGGAGUCCCUUUUUAUGUGAUUAAUGGAAAGCACAAACUCAGUGGUGGCCAACCGCCAGAGGUGUUCCUGAAAACUUUUCAAGUGGCUUCGAAUGACAACAGCUCUUAAUCCAUGUGCAACAAGUUAUAUUUGAUACUGCUACUACUGGUCUACUACUCCCUGAUGAAAUUGUUUUCUUGUAAAACAUGACUUGUUUUUUCGUGUCUCUCUUAGUAUUUUUCAUUGUAAUAUUAUCUUUAAAAAAGGUGAAGAUUAAUAAGAACAACAAAAAGAUGAAACAUUAAGAAAA